AUGACAUAAAUUAAAUAAAGAUAUAUUUAUUUUUAAAAUGGUAACAAAUAUCACUAAUAAUCAUGUUAGGGAGUUGACGCAUAUAAGAAGACAAGAGUACAAAGAAAUGUUUAAAGAAAGGUGACCUCAACAAACCUUUAUUUGAAAUUGUUAAUCAAGCUAUAUAAAUUCUUAGCCAGAAGAACAGAUUCAAAUUUCAAUGCAACAGUCCUAAGAAGACUCUAAUAAACAAGAACAGCCAGAUAUCCAAUUAGUGUUAGCAGACUUGUUAAAUAAAUUAAUACAGCCAAAGACAAGACAAGAACACUUGUUGUUGUAGGCACUGUCACAGAUGAUGUACGUCUCCUCACUGUUCCCAAGAUCAACGUGUGUGCUUUGAGAUUCACUGAGACAGCUAGAAAGAGAAUUCUUGCCGCCGGUGGAAAGGUCUUGACAUUCGAUCAAUUAGCACAAUAAAACCCAACAGGCACUGGAACAAUCUUAUUGAGAGGACCAAGAGUCAGAGAAGAAUUGAAGCAUUUUGGCAGAGCUUCAGGAUUACCAGGAUCACAUGCUAAGCCAUAUGUCAGCCACACUGCAAGAAGAGGAAAGGGUGCAAGAUGAUUGUUCUUUUUAAGUACAUUAAUAUAUAAAAACAUCGUAAUCAUUUAAUCAAAUAUUAUUCACAAAA